AUGGAAAACAGUUACGUUAGUCAACGAGAGAACAGUGACCAAGUGUCUUAUAGAGGCGUUCGUCGGAGGAAAUGGGGCAAAUGGGUGUCGGAGAUCCGGGAACCCGGUAAGAAAACUAGGAUUUGGCUCGGGAGCUACGAGACAGCUGAGAUGGCCGCAGCGGCCUAUGAUUCUGCAGCUCUUUAUCUCCGAGGAAGUGAGACUCAUCUCAACUUCCCUGAGCUGGCCGACAGUUUUCCUCAACCGGCUAGCUCUAGUUCCAAGCAUGUUCAAGCUGCUGCUCAGGAGGCAGCACUAAUGUUUAAAUUACCGGGUGGGUCGUCUAAUGAACCAACUCAAGAGUCGGGUCAAGGACUUUCUCGUGUUGGAUUGUCUCCGGAUGAGAUUCAAGCUAUUAAUGAGUUUCCAUUGGACUCGCCGAGGUUGGGAUGGAUGCAGGAUUUGGAAGUUAAUGAUUAUGAAGAGUUGUACGGACAGUACUUUGGUCAAUACGAUAGGGAUGACUUUUAUGAAAUCCAGCAGCAACAGUCCAUAUGGGAUUUUAUGUAA